GUUAUUAUGUACUCGUAGAUAAGAUAAUAAAUAUGUUAUACGGUGCGAUAAUUGUAAUAAAAAUUAUAAAACGUGGAUGACAUUGGAUAUUAUCAGCAAGUUACAUAUUUAUCAUAAUAUCUGGUCUUAUGUUAUCUAUAUUUUAUCGUAUGUAUCGCAUUUUUGUUAUUAAUUGGAACUAUUCGCCAGUAUCUAAUGACUCCGUGAACAGGAAAAAUAAAGUUAAUGUUUUUAAAAAAUACUCGUAGAUCGUAAUAUUAUUUCCAAUACGAGUAAAUUCAAGUUCUUAGUACUAUAUGAUAAUAUUUACAGCAAUAUAAUAUCAUCAUCAUCAUCAUCAUAUCAGCCGAUGGACGUCCACUGCAGGACAUAGGCCUUUUGUAGGGACUUCCAAACAUCACGAUACUGAGCCGCCUGCAUCCAGCGAAUCCCUGCGACUCGCUUGAUGUCGUCAGUCCACCUGGUGGGGGGUCGGCCAACACUGCGCUUACUAGUGUGCUAGUAAGCGCAAUAUAAGCUAAAGUAAUGCAGAAUUUAAAUAAAAUAAUAUCUAUUACCACCAUCUUGACGGCCUCCGUGGCGCAGUGGUAUGCGCGGUGGAUUUACAAAACGGAUUGACAAAAUUGGUCCAGGUCUGGCUGGUGGGAGGCUUCGGCCGUGGCUAGUUACCACCCUACCGACAAAAACGUACCGCCAAACGAUUUAGCGUUCCGGAACGAUGUCGUGUAGAAACCGAAAAAGUGUGUGGAUUUUCAUCCUUCUCCUAACAAGUUAGCCCGCUUCCAUCUUAGACUGCAUCAUCACUUACCAUCAGGUGUGAUUGUAGUCAAGGGCUAACUUGUAAAGAAUAAAAAAAAAUCACCGAAAAAAGUGAUCCGAAUAAUAGGCUACAACCCUGAGCGCACACAUGCACUAUUUUGUCUUUAAUUAAUUAUAUUUAUGAAAAUACCUAUAGUUUUUACUUCCUGUACACACAACUCGACAUUAUAGACAAUAUUUAGAUAUUAUUUGUUCAAAUGACAUUCGUUGUUGACCACAACUAACAUUGAAUUGUGUAUGAAUUUCCUCUUUUGACCGCCUCAUUUUCCAUGCGCUAGUAACACAUCUAACAGUAUUUAAUAAUAUCAUUGAUUACCACAUUUCCUUUUAUCUUUCGGCCGUCCAUUUUUAUAUUCUGUUCGAUAUUUAUCUAUGAUAACAUAAAUUUUAUGACUAUCGGUUUAAUACUCGUAGAUAGUAGGUAUGGACAAUGGUCCAAAUUGACCUGAGCAGCUUUUCGAAUCUAGGACAACUUGGUAAAAAACAAAUGCUAUUCGCAAAUGCACCGAAUGUCCUUGACAACACAACAUAACGACAAGCCUAGAUUUAUAUUUAUCAUAGUUAUGCAGGGUUAACGCAAAUUCAAAUAUCGUUAUCAAAAUUUUGAUUAGAUUCGGCCAAUAUUCAUUAAAUUAGAGGCAUUGUUGUUACAAUAAUAAACGCGUGUUCGGUUAAUGGAAUUUCGAUACGAAUAAUUUAAUUUAUAAUGAAUUUUAGUGUAAUAUUUUCUAUUUUAAUCAUCACCGUAGCAAUUGCGGAGAAGAAAAGUUAUGAAGGUUACAGUGUGUAUAAGCUGACGCCUAAAACGGUGGAAGAUGUGGUUAUUUUAGAUGAUAUAAGACUAAAAGGAGUAGGAGAAUUUUGGUAUGAUCAACUUCAUGUAAACUCCGAGGCAAGAAUAAUGGUGCCGAAGCAAAAUAGACAGAUGUUUAAUGAUCUUAUAGAACAAUCUAGUAUGAAACCGGAAGAACUUAUACAGGAUCUACAAAGAGUCAUAGAUGAACAAUUAACACCGAUACAUCGAAGUGGAGCAUCUAAUGAGUCUUUCCUUGGAAUGAGCUGGAAUCAGUACUAUGAUCUUAACCAAAUAAACAAUUGGCUUGACGAAGUAGUGAAAAACUAUCCAUCUAUCGUAACCCCUGUAGUUAUGGGCCGGUCUUUUGAAAAUAGAGAUAUAAGAGGAAUCAUUAUAAGGUAUAAACCAAGAAGAGAUGGUACAACACCUUUGAUUGGUAUGUUAGAAGGCACCCUUCAUGCUAGAGAAUGGAUUACACCAGCAACGAUAACAUGGAUUGUUAAAGAGUUUUUAACAAGUAACGAUCCAGAAGUUAGAGCCUUAGCUGAGAACAUUGAAUGGCAUAUCUUCCCUGUAGUCAAUCCAGAUGGAUAUGUUUAUACAUUUACCACGAACAGAAUGUGGAGGAAGAAUAGAAGUACUCAAAAUUUCGUUUCCUGCGCAGCUUCAGGUGUCUCAGAUGAUAUGAGUAACGGAAUAGACCUUAAUAGAAAUUUUGAUUAUGUUUGGAUGACUGCCGGUGCAUCAAAUAAUCCUUGCCUAAACACAUUUGCUGGUCCGGUUGCAUUCUCUGAACCUGAGGCAAGGGCUAUAGCGAAUUAUGUUAUAGACUUGAACACGCAAGGAAAAAUGAUUUACUACUUCGGAUUCCAUUCAUUCCUGCAGCUGAUCGUCAUUCCCUUCAGCCAUGUCUCUGGACAGGAUGUCUUAUUAGCAAACAACUAUGCUGAUAUGUUUGAAAUAUCGAUAAAAGGGGCAGAGAAACUUGAAGAGAGAUUCGGUACCAAAUAUAGAGUAGGAGCUUCAGCGGAUAUCAUGUACCCCAUGAGUGGCACCAGUUUCGAUUGGGUGAAGCAUACUACCAACAUUCCGGUUAGCCUUCUAAUUGAGCUGAGGGAUCUCGGCCAGUACGGCUUCCUGCUUCCGGCGGAGCAAAUUAUACCUACAAGUUUGGAAAUCAUGGACGCCCUAUUGGAAAUGGAUAGGACUACGCGAAAGCUUGGUUACUAUUCUGCGGAAUAUGUUAGUUACGAUAACCAUAAGGUAUACAAAUUGCAUCCUCAAACUGAAGAACAGGUAGAACUUCUUAGAAAGCUUCAAGAUACAGAAGGUUAUACGUUCUGGACUUUAUUUGAUUAUGUCAAAGUUGACAGAGAAGUUAGAAUUAUGUUGGAUGCAAAUAAGGAAAAGGAAUUUUUGAAUUAUAUGAAAAGUGCCGGUUUAGAAGUCUCAAAAACUGUAGAAGAUGUGCAAAGUUUAAUAAAUGAGCAAUUAAAAAGGCCACAAACUUUGGGCCGAAGCGCAUUAGACUACGAUUGGACAUAUUAUCCCAAUUUAGAAGAAGUUGAAGACUGGAUGAACAAAACUGCAGAAAAACAUCCGGACGUUGUCACACUUCUUGAUAUAGGAAGAAGUUUUGAAGGAAGACCAAUCAGAGGGCUGAAAAUUGAUUUCAAGAAAGUUACAAGACCCGUUAUGGGGGUCCUUGAAGGGACUUUACAUGCUAGAGAGUGGAUUACUACAGUAACACUUACAUGGCUUGCCAACGAAUUUCUUAAUAGCAAAGAUCCAAAUGUAAGAUUUCUAGCUGAAAAUGUUGUGUGGCAUAUAUUCCCUGUAACAAACCCUGACGGUUUUGUUUAUACCUUUACCGACGACAGAAUGUGGAGAAAAAAUCGCAAUCCCACUAACUUUACCUCCUGCGCUUCGUCCAAUGUUCGUGACGAUCUCAGUAACGGAGUCGAUCUCAAUAGAAACUUUGGUUUCUUGUGGAUGACCGUGGGAGCAUCUCAAAAUCCCUGUGCUCAAACGUUUGCUGGUGCAUCUGCGUUCUCGGAACCAGAGUCCAGAGCAGUAGCCAAUUACGUGCUAGAUAUACAGAAGCAAGGAGAACUGGUCUACUACAUGGCUUUCCAUUCCUACUCUCAAAUGAUUCUGGUUCCGUUCAGUCAUACUUCUGGGGCCGCUGUACUUGAAGUUCCUAAUUAUGCCGAUCUGUUUGAAAUUGCAAUCAGAGGAGCUGAAAAACUGACCGCAGUACAUAAUAUUCCGUAUCAAGUAGGAACAUCAGCUGAUAUAUUAUACGAAGUUUCUGGAUCCGGUUUUGAUUGGGUCAAAGGAGUAGCCAAAGUUCCUAUAGUACAUUUGUUCGAGCUAAGAGACGUGGGACAGUAUGGAUUCCUACUGCCUCCAGAACAAAUCAUUCCAAAUAAUGAAGAAGUGAUGGCGGGUCUCAUAGAAAUGGAUAGAGUGACCAGAGAGUUGGGUUAUUAUACGCCACCGCCAAGCAGCGGUUUUAGUAACAAAAUGAAUGCAUUACUUUUAAUUGGAGCUGUUAUGUUUGCUUUAGUUUAAGUUAGAUAAUA